AUGAAUGUGAGUGGUACCUGUACGGCAGAGAUGCCGUACGGAUACCAACCCCGCUUUAAAGGGCUUUACAUCGCCACUGAGCUCAUCAUCGCCGUGCUGGCCAUCAUCGGCAACUUCCUGGUUUGCCUGGCUGUCACCUGCAACAAGAAACUUCGCACUGUCACCAACUACUUCCUGGUGUCAUUGGCAGUGGCGGACAUCCUGGUGGGAUUGGUGGCCAUUCCCUGUGCAGUGCUGACAGACCUGGGUCAACCUCGCCAUAACCUGCCCCUCUGCCUGGUGAUGCUUAGCAUCCUGAUAGUGCUCACACAGAGCUCCAUCCUGAGUAUGUUAGCCGUAGCAGCAGAGCGUUACAUGGCCAUCCUCCUGCCCUUCCAGUACCAGCGUGUCAUGAGUCCUGGGAACGCCCGGCUGGCCCUGCUGCUCACCUGGGGCCUGGCAGCCAUCUCUGGCUCCGUGCCCCUCAUGGACCCGCAAAGACAACCAGCAGACUCUGACUACUGUAUCUUCACCUGUGUGGUGGAUAUGGCCUACAUGGUCUACUUCAACUUCUUCUGCUCCUUCCUGAUGCCGCUGGUGGCCAUGUUCAUCAUCUACAGCCACAUCUUCCUCACCGUCCGCCACCAAAUCAGACGCAUCGCUGUGGCCAGGGGAACCACAGAGGACAUGACAACUGUUGGUAGUGGGAGCUCUGGGACAGAGGACACUGGGAAUUCAGCUGCUGGGGCAACAACAGGAGCUGGAGCAGACAUGAGGACAGUAGAGGGAACCGGCCAUUUGAAAAAAUGUAAGGUUAAAGUGAGGGCUGUGGAAGAGCCUGGCAUUGGGUCUCUUAUUGAAACUGAGACUACCACUGUCUUUAUGAAGCCAGGGCUCAGGAUCGCCUCAGCUGGGUCUACCAGCUCCAGCAGUGCCCCUGCUGACCCUCGUCCAGGAGAGUCCACCAAGGCCAAAUCCAACAUACGCACCCGUCAGGAGCUGCGUAAGGCCACCUCCCUCUUCCUGGUCCUGUUUCUCUUCAUGGUGUGCUGGAUGCCCAUCCACCUCAUUAACUGCAUCCUGCUGCUCUGCCCACAGUGUGAGGUGCCCAUGUCUAUUACACUAGCAGCCAUUUUGCUUUCCCACGCCAACUCGGCCCUCAACCCGAUCCUGUACGCGUACAGAAUGAGGUCGUUCCGACACACUCUGGUUGGAAUGUGGAGAGGAAUGUGGAGCGUUAGGCCAAAAUGCCAGUAG